UAUGACUUCAUCAUUGAUCCUUUGUGCAUAAGAACUAAAUGAGUAAUUGAGUAGUAUAUAAAUACUGCACAAGGCUCUCUCUGUGCAAUUGACUGUCCCUACCAAAAUAACUUUUUCUCUCUCUCUCUCUGGAAGUGUCUUUAAAGUGAGUUUAUAAUUCAACACAAACGAGCUCUGUCUCUAAUGGCAUGCUUAGAAAUGUACAACUCCAAUGGUGGUGGUACUCCCAUGAGUCCUAGAAUCUCUUUCUCUAACGAUUUCGUGGAGAUUAAGCCUGAGAAGACCAAGACGACGAGAUCAAGCCCUCUCUCUAAACAAGAGGGUUCUUCUUCUGAUAAUUUCGAGUUCUCUGUCUCAAACUACACAAUGAUGCCAGCUGAUGAACUUUUCUCUAAAGGAAAGCUUUUGCCUUUCAAGGAAACCAAUCAAGUCCAGAGAACAUUGAGAGAAGAGCUUCUCGUUGAAGAAGACGAAGAAGAAGGUCCACGUGAUGCUACCAACAUCUUCUCUCUCAAGCCACCAAUCUUCUCAUCAUCAUCUUCUUCUUCUAAGGGAAGGUGGAAAGGGCUUUUGGGCCUUAAGAGGGCCCAUAUCGGGUCUAAGAACAAUGAGGAACGAUUUGUUCAUAUGAUUAACAACAACAAACAAUCUCAGGAAGCAAUGGGUGGGAGAGAAGGGUCCAGUUGCAGGGAGAUGAAGAAGAGUAUGUAGAGUUUAAAAACAAAAAAAAAAAAGCUUUCACUUUGUUUAUUUAUUUAGGAACAUGGUUGCUUCCAAAUUUAUAAAUAUUUGAUUAAUGUUAAUCGUAGCUGAAAAAGUUACUAAAAAAAGGCACUUAUGUAUUGUUGACGGAGAUGGUUUAUUUCAUUUAACUCUUUUCCUCUA